UUCAGUACGCAACUGAAGUUCUGGGACUCGAGUAAAAAAUAAAUUAUCUGUAAUGAAGCUGGGAAGAAAGAAAAACGUUUCUUGUCCUGACUUAAUAUGAGACAGUGUGUGCCGAUUUUCAGGAAAGUUGAUUUUGUCAGAGAUGGCCACCACUGUGCCUUCAACUGUCCCCACCACCAGCAGCUCCUCAAUGGACCAGAGGACAGUCAUCGUGGGUGCAAUCUGUUGUCUGGUGUUUUUUGUGCUGAUUGUGGUGCUGCUGUUUAUCCUGUACCGGAAGCUUCCCCUCUGCUGCAAAAUAAGGGUUUAUCAGGAAUCUCAUUCUAAUAUGGAAGCUCCCCCUCAGUACUACAACAGCAGACAGACUCUAGUCACUACCUCUGAUGUUGAGCAGACACACAACACAGGUCAUGAUAAUGUGAGCGCACAGACGGGAUCUUUGUUCCUCAUUGGUGUUCCCAGCAACUACUACCUCUCCUCACAGGAGACUUCUAUGCCUCGUCUGCCCUCGUAUGAGAGUGUACGCAAGAAAGACCGACAACGGCAGAUCCACCUGAUGAUAGCAGACCGCUUUGGCCUAAAUGGACCUAUCGACACAGAGCCACCUCCCACAUAUGAGCAGAGCAUCCAACAGUCUGUCCAGUCCAUUGACAUCCCGUUUGACAUUGUGACACCCGAGGAGCCGCCACAUGCUCCGGUCACAACCUCUGAACCUGGUACAGAUUUACCUGCAUAUGAAUCUCUACCUCCCAACAUGGACUCAUUGCAAGGUCCCAAUAACACUGAUAAUUAAAGUACAGCUCACGGGAAGAAUGCAAUCUACUCGCAGUGGAAAAUGAACAGCUGUUGAGAUACUUAUGCCCUGAUGGCUGAUUGCAUUUUCUAAGCAGGCCAACAAUGUAGCAAACUGUUCUUGAAUCUGCUGUGCUUGCAAAAGACAGCAAAAAUGGGAUAUGACCUGACCUAUGCAAUAACUUUCACUGCAUACAAGCUGAGGAGAAAGAUGUUGCAUCACUACAGGAAAAAGGGAAGAGAAGAGAAGAAAAAGAAGAGUAAGAAUGUCAGCAUAAUGUCUGUUUUUGUUUUUUUAUCUCCUUUUCUCCCAAUUGCGGAAUGCCCAAUUGCCACUCCCAAUUCUUCGUGGUGGCGCGGUUACUCACGCAAUCCAGGUGGCGGAGUCUUAGUUGCCUCAUGCUACUCUCCGCGAUCCAAAACUUACCAAAUGCCCCAUUAAAAGUGCGAGAACCACUAAUCGCGACCACAAGGAGGUUACCCCAUGUGACUCUUCCCUCCCUAGCAACCGGUCCAAUUUGGUUGCUUAGAAGACCUGGCUGGAGUCACUCAGCACACCUUGGAUUCGAACUCGUGACUCCAGGUGUGUUAGACAGCGUCAAUAUUUGCUGAGAUACCCAGAGCCCCCUGCAUAAUGUCUGUUAAAAACGACAUGAAAAAUACAUUUUAAGUCCACAUGAAAUCAAAAUGGACUUAUUAUGUUUAAAUCAUUGUUGCACGUUAUUCUAAAGAAAAAAUUUUUUUUGUUAUAUUUAAUAAAGAUUUUUGGCUGACGUCACAAAUCCCUGUCACAAAUCCCUGUUACAAACAGUGCUGGGUUUUAAUUCAUAGAAAAGUAGUCACAUUACUAAUUAUUUUCAUUUUAAUUAUUUCCUCAAUACUUUGUUGCAGAAAAGUUUUUGUUUUUCCCACUCAACUAAUUCAAAAUAAUGUCAAUAUUUCCUCCUUUUUCAGUGUCGCAUGAAAGUCAUUUACUCAGAACCCUGUUUCAAAUGGAAAUGUUUGAGACUGUGGAAGUAAAAUGGGUUGCGAACAUUGUUUUAAGUUGAUUUUAAUGUUCAAAAUGUGAUAACUAUUUCUUCGCCAAUAAAAUACCUGAAAUUAUAUUUUACAGGUUUUCCAUGACCGGGGGGAAACUUUUUUUUAUUUUAAUUUUUUUUAAUUUUCUCCCCUUUUCUCCCAAUUUAGCAUGCCCAAUUCCCAAUGCGCUCUAAGUCCUCAUGGUGGCGUAGUGACUCACCUCAAUCUUGAAGGCGGAGGACGAAUCUCAGUUGCCUCCGCGUCUGAGACCGUCAAUCCAUGCAUCUUAUCGUGUGGCUUGUUGUGAGCAUGUUACUGUGGAGACCUAGCGUGUGGAGGCUUCACUCUAUUCUCCACGGCAUCCACGCACCCCACCGAUAGCGAGAACCACACAUUAUAGCGACCACGAGGCGGUUACCCCAUGUGACUCUACCCUCCCUAGCAACCGGGCCAAUUUGGUUGCUUAGUAGACCUAGCUGGAGUCACUCAGCACACCCUGAAUUUGAACUUGUGACUCUAGGGGUGGUAGAGGGGAAACCUUGUUAAUAUUACUCUUCCCCCGGUCUUGGUGACAUCAGCAGAAAAACAAACUGUUAAACAAAACUAAUUUUAAGGAUUAAAUUAGUUAGAAAUAAAACCUUUAGGUAACAUUUGCAGGUUAGCACUUUUUACAGUGUACAAUAUAUAUAGGUCCAUUUUGAUUUCAUGUUGUCUUUAUCACAAAUAUGGCAGGUUAUUUUGAACCAAACUGAUAUAUUGUUUUGAAAUGUGAUACCAUUUAAAGCCAUGUUUUAAACAUUACAGGGAAGAUCUUUCCUUUUUUCAUAAAAGUGUGAUUUUUCAUGAGGUGUUCUAUUCAUUUUCCAAAAUUAGUUUCUAUAGAUAGAAAAAAUUCUAUCAUUAUUUCAGGCAGAGAGAAUAGUGUUCCUGUUUUUCAAGUUUUCUGUGUAUAUAUAGUAUGUUGUUUAUCAAAACCAAAUGAUGCCUUGCAGAUUGUAUGUUUGUUCAGUCUCUCUAUUUUGAAUGACCAUUAAUGAAUGUGCUUAUUUUUCUACGGUAUAUAAACGUCAAACUUUGUGACAGUGUAGUUAGAAACAAGAGCUGGACAUGUUUCUGGUGAUUGUAUGCUCAGGGAUGAGUCGGCAAAUCUUGUUUUCUUCUAAAGGUUUUUCUUUUUUCCCUUUUUCUGUAAGUACAGUACACAGAGUUGAAGUUCAUAUGUUUGCAUCCACAAACAAAAUUCAAAUGACUGUGUUUCAUGUGUAACACGUUUGCAGUCACUGGUGUCCUCAUUUUCUUCUGCAUAGACCUUUGCAUCUCUCAAAAGCAGGAGAUGGGCAAGACAACACUUUGAGAAAAAAGAAAGAAAAGGAAGAAAGAAGAUUCUUUAGACUGUUGUUUUAUGACUGUUUCAACGUGUGCCAGUUGUAUGAAUUGCUAGACAUAAUCAUAUUUUUAAUCUCGCUGCCAUGGAAAUAGCAACACCUUCACAAACUGAAUGUAUAUAAAAUAGUUCAAAUAAAUAGAACUGUAUGUAAAUACAAUUAAAAAAUGAUCUGUAAAUAAAGAAAGUGC